UUUUUUGUAUUUAUCCGAAAAAGCACGAAGUGCAUGUUUAGCGAAAUUAGCACGGCGGCAAAAGUUUUUUGUAUUAUUCGAAUAAGCACAAAGUGCAAAUAAGCACAAAGUGGAUGUUAAGCGAACUGAAAGUUGUCUCCGUUACUGUAGCGAGUGAGAAAACUGUUGCGGAAUUAAUUUAAAGGAAAAAGUCCUGCAAGUGAAAUAAAAGGAAAAAUGGACUCAGGCAGCGACAAACCGAAGGCUAAAAGAGGUAGAGGGCGGCCCAAGGGUACCACUGCCAAAAAGAUGAAAAAGGCAAACAAUAUCUCAUCUGCUUCCUCUGGAAAGCGUGGACGUGGAAGACCUAGGAAAGGUACAUCUGUCCAGUCAUCAGUCCUGGCAAACGAAAGUGAUUCUAACCUUGGAGCAUGUGCUAUGCGUAAGCGUCGUUCUGAAAAAUCUGAAGAGAAACCAGAACCAACCAGAAAAUUUUUUAAAGGCUCUGGAGCCUCGCCAAGCACAAACAACGAUGACAACAGUGGUAGGCCGCAUGGAAACUUGCCAUUGCAUAAGGCAGCGGUGGAGGCCAUGGAUGCAGAUAGCAAUAUUGAUGCUCAAGAUGAAGAUGGGAAGACUCUCUUACAUCACGCUGCAAAAUGUGGAGAUGUAGAGAGAGUCAAGGAGUUACUUGCCGCUGGCGCAAGUACCCGUCUCCGUGAGAGGAUAUUUGGCCAGACCCCACUCCACACAGCUCUGUGUUUCAUGCAGACAGAUGCAGCAGCAGUCCUACUGGAAGCAGACAGCAAAAUCGACAUGAAAGAUACGUUUGGAGGUUAUACUCCUCUGCAUUGGGCUGCACAGAAGAAUUAUGGAGAAUUUGCCAGGAAGCUGCUUGCUGCUGGAGCAAGUACGCGUGUCCGAGAUGAUGAAGGUCAGACGCCCCUCCACCAUGCUCUGUCUUUUAAUAAAGAGAAUGUAGCUGCAAUCCUCCUGGAUGCAGACAGCAAAAUAGACAUUCAAGAUAAAGGAGGGAGAACUCCCCUGCAUGAGGCUGUACUGUAUGGAAGUGCAGCAGUCCGGAAACUGCUUGCAGCAGGAGCAAAUACACGUCUGCGAGAUAAAGAUGAUGGCUUCACGCCCCUUCAUAUAGCUCUGUAUUUCAAUAGGAAGGAAGCAGCUGCAAUACUUCUGGAUGCAGACAGCAAAAUAGACUGUAGAGAUAAAGAGGGAAGGACUCCCCUGCAUUUAGCUGCAAAGGAAAGAAAUGCAGACGCUGUCAGGCAGUUACUCUUCAGUGACGUACGUGUACACAUAGAGGAUUAUGAUGGGAAAUAUCCUAUUAACUAUGGAAACACAGCUAUUUUGAAAACUAUUAUAUCAAUAUAUGCCUGUAGAGACAUUACGAUUAACUGGGAAGAUUUUAAUUUUAAUCCUGAGAAGACACAAUUAUGCAUUGAACUUCUAUCUGAAUGUUACGCAGAACUCCAGCUGAUGAAGGACACGAAAGUGCAAGAAACUACUGUGUCUUAUCAUGACCUGGUAAGAAUACAUGUGAGCAGGGCAGCUUUGUAUCUUAGGAACGAGAAUAUCCGAAAGGUUUUGCAUAGUGAUCGUGUGGCGCAGGACUUCCCAAACUAUGCUGAUAUGAUUGCCUUCAAACUUGAAAGAGCUGAAAAGAGGAGGAUCCUGGCUGAUCAAUGUCUGAAGUGCUUUGGCAUUUUAUGUGGGACAUUGCCACCUCUGCCAACAAUAAGUGUCGACAUUAUAAUGCUUUGUUUGAGUGAGAAAGACAUGCAAAAUUUCAUUGAUGCUUUUAAUUUAAAAUACUGAAAAUUGUUUCAAUUCCUCCCAAGUUUCCCAAAGCAAGAGGGCUUGAAAAACUGCAUUGUGGCCAAAAUUGGGAAAUAAGAGAAAAGUGCUGAAAGUGCUUGUUAGUUUUUCAAAAGAUCAGAAAUUUUUGUUGUGAAUUUUUUUGUUGUUUGUUUGUGUUUUAAAAUGUAUAAUUUAAUUCUGGUAGAAGGGCCAAUGUUCCUUCCAAUGCAUCCUAAAGCCUAUCUGUUAUACAUGUAGGAAAUGUAAAGUUUGAGUAAGGAUAUUUUGUGAGUCAUUAAAAAUAGGAAUGCAAAAAUAAGCAGUUUCGAACGUUGCAGCUGAUUAAAACUGAUCGGGGAAAAAAAAUUGUUGAAUACAUUCACAUGAUGUGCACAAGCAAGGCUUCUAAAACAGCCCAUGAAGCACUAUUUAUGAAUCUCAGUAUCAAAAUGUGAAGAGCAUGUCUCUUACAUUCUGUAAACAUUUAAGAAUUAGAUUCUAUUGUCUAGAACUGCCAAGCGGGCAUCUUGUUUUAAUUUUGCUCCUGCUACUAAUUAAUUUACUUGUUUCACAACUGUGGUUGUCUUGUUUUUCUCUAUGCGGGAUUAACGUUUGUUGUUCCAAUUGAAAAAUACAGUAUGUUAAUACUGAAAAACAUUGGAGAGAUCAGUAUAAUUAUUCUUGACACAGAAUAUAUUGAUUUCAAUUGUACAAUAGUUUUUGUACUUGAAUUAAUUAUUUUUUAUCGCAAUGUGCAAUAAAGACGU